AUGACCUCCCCAACCUCUUAUCACCACACCAUAGACAUAGCCUUGGACCCGCCGCUCGCGAGCGCGGGCGAGGCCAAUCUGUGGGUGGAGAUAACCACGGGCGCAGGGUCGGAUCCCGGAGGGUUAUCCCACGCGGCGCCAACGGGUGGCAGGCCCGAAGCAUCGCGGCCGACGCUGGUGCUGUCCAGGGUGGACGGCGACGGGACGGAGCAGCGGUUCGCGCUUCCACACGGCGCGCGCGCGGAGGGCAUCCGCGCCAAGAGGCGUAAGAGCGGCUACCAGCUGAGGGUCACCGUCCCCGUCGUCGAGGAUCCCGCGGCGGACGCACCCACCGCCGAGGAACCCACCGCGACGAAAGAAGAACAAGCCGGCCGAGAAGAAGAAGCCGCGCAGGAGCCGAUCCGCCCCGACGGGCCGUCCUGCUCCGGCUCCGACUCACUCGACGAUGCGCUCACAUCGCAGCGCUCGCGACACCUCGCCGCCCUGGACUUUGGCCCGGGCUGCGACGCGUGCGUGGCGAUCGGCGAACCGGGCGACAGGCGCGUGGUGGCUACGAGAUCCAUCGCGAGAGGCGAGUGCGUCGUCUUCGAGGCGCCCGUCGCGGCGGUCAAGGCGGGGGAGCCGGUGGCCAGCGAUGCCCUCGCCGCCGCUUUCUGCGGCGACGCGAACCGUCGCGACGGUCUCCUCGGCGGCGUCAACUCGGCGGGUGGGAAGGGCUCGCCGCGGCGCGGCGGGUCGCAGGUUGAGAUCCCGUCCAUGGGCGCCAUCAUCGGCGAGCACGCGCACGCGUGCGCGGACGACGACGUCGCCAACGGGGGCGUUCGAUGCGCCACGCCCGGCCUGUUCCCUUGGGGCGGCGGCGCGCGGAACGGCGGCGGCGGGAGCAAGACGAGGCGACGAACGACGGAGUUUGCCGGGGGCCGGGUUCCGAACGAGUGGCUGCUGACGCACCAGCUGCUCGAAGCCCGCGCGACGCUGUGCGCGAACGAGGGAGAGGGAGGGGGCACCCCAAUAGGGAGCAUGCGGGAGUGGGCCGGCGAGUACGCGUCGAAGGCGCCGGCGUCGGACGCGGCGGAGCGACGACGCGACGAGGAGGUGGCCGAGUCGCUCGCCAGGGAAAUCGGCGGGGGCGUCACCGCCGAGGACGUCGCCGCGGUUCACGCGGCGGUGUGCGCCAACGCGUUCGCGCUGGAGGCGAUGUGCACCAGGCUAAACUACGGCGCCGGUUUCUUCCGCGCCGCCGCGUACGUUAACCACAGCUGCGACCCCAACUGCUUGUCCCUGCGCCUCGGCGGGAACAUGGCGAUUUUCGCCGCGAGGGACGUGGCGGCGGGCGAGGAGCUGACGCACUCGUACCUGCCGUCGCACCAGCUGCUGCUGCCGAGCGCGGCGAGGCGACCGCUGCUCACGUUCGACUGCGCGUGCCCGAGGUGCGCACGAAACGUGAACGUACCCGCGUCGGCGUUGGAGAAUGGCGCGUCGAUCUGGGACACCCCGCUCGCGGCCGCCGCGAUUGAGAUUCGAACCGUCGCGUUGGCGUGCGGCGGCGACCGACCUCACGACGUUCUGGACGCCUUCCGACGAGAGGUGCUCGAGGCGCCGGGCGCGAGGGAGGCGCUCGCCGUCUGCCCGCCGCAGGCUGCCGUCUCUUUGCUCGAACCAGUGCUGGACGCGCACUGGCGCGCGGCGUUGAACGCGGGGGGCAGCCAGGUACGGGUCGGCGUCGACGGCGACGAUCACUCGGCGGCACAGCUGGCGGCGCCCCCCGCGGCGACGGCGGCGGUGGCGGCGCGGGCGUGGAGAGACGCGAUAGGAGCGAUGAGAGGGGACGCCGCCAAUGAAGGCGUCGGGGUGGCCGCCGCCGCCGAGCAGACGUACGCCGCGGCUGAGGUGACGGCGUUCAUGUUGGACGCGUGCGGGGGGACGUCCGAUGAUGGGGGUUCCGACGUCGAGCUCGAGGUCGAGGGUUCGAUUCCUGCCGUGGACGCGUCGACGGCGAGGCGAGCGCUCAUGUACCUGGUGGCUGCGCACGGGGAUUCGCUCGCGUGCGCGCAGGAGGAUACGCUGUGCCUGCGCGCGAUGCCCGCGGCGUCGGCGGCGGCUGAGGCGUUCGAGCGGCUCGUCGCGGAGGCGGCGAUGCUGCGGCUGCGGGAGCCUGGGGACUCGGCGACGCUCCCGCCGAUGCAAAAGGCGGGGUCGCCUGAGAAGGCGGGGUCGCCGGCGCCUGAGAAGGCAAAGGCGAAGAAGCGGGGCGGCAACCGGGCGAAGGCCAAGGACGAGAAGGAGUCGACGCCGGAGACGAACACGGGUUCCGAGGAUAACACGGGUUCCGAGGGAUCGGACGGGUCGAAGAAGGCUUCGAAAAAGAGGGAGCGGGUCAAGAAAAAGUGCCCGCACGGCAGGCAAAAGUACCUCUGCAAGGACUGCGGCGGGACCGGGAUAUGCGAGCACGGGCGGCAGAAGGCGUGGUGCAGGGACUGCGGCGUGAACACCGGCGAGCUCGCCGCGCACUACUCCGAGAAGCGCAAGGGAUACAAGCGCGUCUACCGACUCCGCCAGAAGGAAAAGGAGCGGCGGGCCUCGUCCAGGUCGCCCUCGCCCGAGGACGGCGCCGAGGCUGCCGACCGCGGCGAGCAGGAGCCGGCACCGGCACCGGCACCGGCACCGGCACCGGAGCCGGAGCCGGUCGUCGCUUCCAAGCCCGAGCGCGCCCCCGCGGCGAACAUCCCCAUCGCAACUCCCGUGUUCAUCAUGCCCAACGAGAUCGCGGUCGAGGCGCACCGCAUGGGCCGGAUCGUCUCGCACGCGCGACUCGACGCCGGCUGGGACGGACCCCACGGACCCGAUUGGUCGAACCGGUCCCCCGACGCGGGCGACAGCGGCGCCACCUCCACGGCGGUGCACCACCGUCCCGACACGCACCCCGCGGGCAGCAGCGACAGCCACGAGCACGACGGCGCGGCGGAUCUCGUCGCGCAGAUCAACGCGUGGACGGCGGUGACCAACUCGUCCGACGACGCAGCGGGCUCCCCCGGGGGGGGCGCUGGGUUCGCGAGUCAGUCGAGAACCACCGCCGCGGGACUCGUGGCGCUCCUCGGUAAGGCGGAGAAGGACGUCGCGAUCGCGCGGUUCAUCGCCGCGCUCGCCAAGCCGUCGUCGCCGUCGUCGUCGCCGUCCUCCUCGGAGGCUGAGCACGACGGCUCGCGCAAGUCACGCAAGCGCUCCGCCACGCAAAAGCUGCCGCCGCCCGAGACCAAACUCUUCCCGCCGUCGUCCAAGUACGUCUCGCACAAGGCCCUCGGGGUGUCGCUGUGCUUCGAGAAGGGGGUUUUGGACUGCGUGCACGUGUACGCGGACGCCGUGGACGGGUUCUCGGGGUACAGGCACGAGCUGCCGCACGGGCUGAGGCUGACGCACGACCCGGAGACUGGCGCCAAGCCCGACUGCGGCCGGACGGUGGUGGAGAGGCUCGGGGAGCCGACGCAGAAGGGCGGGACGGGGAGGCAGAUAUGGAUGACGUACGAGCACCUCGGGCUGAAGGUUGACCUGGCGGCGGUGGACUGGGAGGAUGGAGACGCGCCCGUGACGGGAGCCUCCAUCUGGGUCGCGUGAUUGGGAAGAAUUUUCCUCUUUGUAGCGCGUAGGGUAAACUAGCUUGACGUCAUAUACAGAAGUACGCGCUC